AUGUGUGGUCUCCGAUUUGGCUGGACAUUCAUUAUUGGAUUGAUCCCCAUCGCAGGUGACGUAACCGAUGCACUGUUGAGCCAUCACUUGAUUGUAAAAAAAGCGCAGAAGAUUGAAGAUAUUCCGCCAGAACUCAUUCGUCAUAUGAUUGCUAAUAAUGCAUUCUCCUUGAGUGUGGGACUGAUUCCUCUUGUAGGCGAUAUUUGCGUGGCUACUUUCAAGACCAACUCUCGCAACGCUAACCUUGUGGAGAAAUGUACGUCAAUGAUUUUGCUUAUUCACAAAUCAGUCCUGCGUGAGCGCGGUCAACAAAACCUGCAAAACAACGGUGGUGUGCCGCCCCAAAAGUACGAAUCCAAGAGCCCAUGGAAAUCACUUUUUGGUACCUUUUCUGCCCGCCAUCCCGACUCCAGCUCUCAAACGCCCUAUGCUAGUGGGUCGAGUUACACUUCUGGCGCUCCAGCCUCUGUCUCUCACGCACAACAGGCACCACCCCCGCCCCCUCGCUGA